CUAUAUAUUGGGGGGGGGGUAAGUUCUCCUAUGAACUGUAUUUCUUCUCUUUUCGAAUCCAUCUUUUUCAAUUCUCUAUGUGAUCAUAUCUUACUACAAACCAGUCAACCUCCAAAUCUUCUUGUGGUGCUCAGCAUCGACAUCAAACACCAUGGAUACCUUCGGCUUACAUGCAGACGGACCCUUUGGUGGGCUCGGCGGCAGUGCCUACGAUGCCAGAGAUAAUGAAGAGAAAGUCAAGCGUGUUGAUGUAUGGACCGCAAAUUACGGGGACCGCAACUACGAAGUUAUCGGAGGUAUCAAUUUCGAAUUCCAGGACGGUUAUUCGACUGGUAGAAUCGGCGGAAGGGAUCCCGCCAUCCCACUUUACGGUCCAUAUUCGUAUAAUUUUGCGGACGAUGAAACAAUAAAAGAGAUGCAUGUCUAUGCUGGUCACGAUGACGGCUUCGUCAAUGGACUCAGAUUCUCAACAAAUCGACAAGAUAAUGCUUACGAUGUUGGUGGUCAUGAGGGUAAUGACAAUAAAUUGGUUGGCUCUGAUCUUGGUGCGAAUGGAGAAUGGGCCGGAGCUACAGGCAGAGACAACAUACACGGCGCUGAUGCUGUUGUGGACAACAUGAUUCUAUAUUUCAAGGAGUGAUGUUGAUUUUUGACUACUAUUACCUGGCUCGCGUUGCUUCGGUUUCAAAUUGGACUCUGCAAGGUGCACUGCCUACCUAAUUAUUGCUCCUGUUAUACUUGUAGCUGGAGCAUGAGGUAUAGUGGAAUGCCUGUGUGUACCAUGUUCAAUAAUUUUUUAGGUGGAGGAAAGUGUUAAUUAGUUGACUUCAUCGCACAAGAUGCCUUGGUAUGGGUUUUUGCCGGAGUCAUCCGUUUUCCCCAUACUGUCGUGCGAAUGCAGAGGCAACUGAGAUAGUAUAAC